AUGCCCGUCGCCACGAAGCUUCAGACUUAUGCUAAACCGGCUUCUGAACCGAGAGCCGUUUUAAAACCGGCCGGAAACAGAGUUACCGUUUCCGAAGACCCGAAACGGAAGAAGGAGAACCUGAAGAAUUCGCAGCGCCCAAGAAUGCAGGUAACGGAAAUCCCUGACUCCGUUGUACGAAGUAAUGUGUCUCUGGACAGCACAUGCUCUUCGCAUUCCUCUUCCAGCAACUCAUCAGCCAAAAAGGUCAACUCGACCGUGAAACGUAACGGGUUUAAGCCGGCAAGGGUUGUGCCGCAUGCCGUCGAUGUAACUGCUUUGUCUCCAACUCCCAAGGCCUCAUCACCGCCCAAGAGGUGUGAUUGGAUCACACCAAAUUCUGAUCCUCUUUAUACUGCUUUCCAUGAUGAGGAAUGGGGUGUUCCAGUCUAUGAUGAUAAAAAGCUUUUUGAGCUUCUAGUCUUUUCACAAGCAUUAGCAGAACACAGUUGGCCAGCGAUUCUUAACCAGAGAGACAUAUUCAGGAAGUUUUUCGAAAAUUUUGACCCAUCGUCAAUUGCACAUUUUACUGAGAAGAAGUUGCAAACACCGAAAAUAAAUGGCAACUCGUUGUUAUCAGAACCAAAGCUCCGUGCCAUUUUGGAAAAUGCUAAACAAUUACUUAAGGUUCAGCAGGAGUUUGGUUCAUUCAGCAAUUAUUGCUGGAGAUUUGUUAACCACAAGCCAAUAAGAAAUGAAUUUCGAUAUGGUCGUCAAGUGCCUGCGAAGACCCCAAAAGCAGAACUCAUUAGCAAGGACAUGAUGCGCAGAGGUUUCCAAUGUGUGGGACCGACGGUAGUUUACUCGUUCAUGCAAGUAGCCGGGCUCGUUAAUGAUCACCUAUUAACAUGCUUCAGAUACCAGGAAUGCCAUGUGACAACCAAAAACGAAUUUAAGACUGAGUCGGUUAAGGAGGAAAAAGUAGAAAAUGAAACUUUGAAGUAGACACAGAUUCAAUGACUGAAGGUGUAGUUUAAUUGGAAGAGACGUUGCAAGACGUGGGGUCGAUUAUCUUUUCCUAUUAUUGAAUACUAUAAUUUUAUUCCUUCUAAAUCCGUCUCUGUGUGUGUGUGUGUGCUGACUCCAAUUAGUUUGGCUUAAUGGCGCGAUUGAUGUUGAUGUUGUUAAUCUGUUUG